CGUGUUGCGAGACCAGAUUCUGCCAAUUCUGCCAAUUCAGUGAUCGAGAUGGAUGGUGAUAUAAUCGAGACGAUGUCAAAUGGGGCACACGGACCUGCUGCACAUGGAGAUGCAAGCUCUAAGCCUUCAAAGGAAAAGGACAAAACAGAAGCCUCUGAUGCUGAGGUUUCAAGAAAGAUUUUAAAACAGGAGCCAGCUUUUAUGGAUAGCGAGGCUUCAGAGUUUGAAGAUGGUGAGGAUGAGGAGGAUGAUUCUGAGGAAGAUGAUACUGAGGAGGAUGAUUCUGAGGAAGAUGAUACUGAGGAAGAUUAUACAGGAAAUGACGAUGACGAAGAUACAAUAGAAAUAGAGAACAAUGAUGAGGUGGAAGUCCAAAGAGCUAGUAGGGACCCUAACCCUGAACUUCCCAAUACAGUCACGGUUCUCGCUAACAAUUCUGAGAUGAGGGUCUUUCUUGUAGGUACUGCUCACUUCAGCAAGGAGAGCCGGGAAGAUGUUGCAGAGACUAUAAGGAAGACCCAGCCGGACAUCGUAAUUCUUGAGCUGUGUGAAAGCAGGACAAACAUGCUACAUUUUGAUGAGAAAUUUUUGUUGGAGGAGACAAAGAACUUCAACUUACAGAAAAUCAAACAGACCAUCAAUAAGAUGGGAUUCAUUCAGGGCAUAGCAUUUAUUCUGGCUCUCAGGAUAUCAGCACACAUUGCCAGAGAGCUGGGUAUGGCAUCAGGAUUAGAAUUUCAUGAGGCCAUGAAAGAGGCAAGAAGGUCACCAAUCUGUAAAGUUGUUGCAUCGGGAGAUCGUCCCAUUGAGAUCACAAUGAAACGUGUACUGGCUUAUCUGUCUGUCUGGCAGAAAUUCCAACUGGCUUUGCUACUGCUUUUUGGAUUAAACAUGAAAGUGAGUAAAGAGGACAUAGAGAAAUAUAAAAACCGUGACUUGCUGCAACAGGUGCUGCAAGACAUGUCUGCAAAAAUCCCUGCCCUUGUCAGAGUAGUGGUAGAAGAAAGGGACACUUGUCUUGCAUAUAGUCUCAAGAAUGGGGCUACCUUGUUCAAAAGACAAAUGCGGGCAAAUGGAUCAGAAACAGAUCCCGUGGACCCUGUGGUAGUGGUCGGUGUGGUUGGGAUAGGACAUGUGUCUGGUAUCAUAGCGAACUGGGAAGAGUAUCGCUAUGACAUCAAGGAAAUCUUAUCCAUACCAAAUCAGCAGAUGUCUUUACUCAGGAGGACGUUUGGCUGGGCAUUUAAGAUAUCCCUAGCAGGAGCUGUGGGCAUUGGAUGUUAUAAGUUGUCUCGACUUAUAAUUGAUUCAUUGCUCUAAGUCGGCAUGAAGAAAAAAUUUGAUCUGGCUUGAGAAAAGGGCUCAGAAAUUAAUUGAUAUCAUGCUAGACUGGAUUUGAAUAUAAACCAGAAUCCAACAAUGUCUGUGCUUUUUAGUGUUUUUAUACAUUGUGUUAUCUAUAAUUGUAUUUAUUUGCUGCAAUAGAGCACUCAAUAAGACAUUGUGUAGAGUUUUGCUGAUGCACUUCAUUUUUUGUUGGCGUAGUUAAUGCCAUAAUUCAAUUAAUAAUGUAAGCAACUUCAAAAAUGAUUUGUUGCUAAGGUUGUUGCUCAAUGAGUAUAACUCUGAGAGUCCUGGUUAGAUUUCAGAUAUUUGAAUGCUGGAAUGCUUUUCUUGAUUUUAGCACUCAAAAUUAAAUUCUUCAGCUUAUUUCUGGAUGUUUGAAAAAUAACUAUUCAUCUGAAAAUUAUAAAAAUGUGAAAAACAGCAGCCCCCUCAUUUUAAUGAAAUUGAAAACAAAAAAUAUCAUUGAACAUUUCUUUGUCCAAACAUAUAGUCUUGGGGAAAAAACAUAAAUUUUAGAGCAUGGUAAAAUAAAAGAUUUUUAUCGUUUUCUCAAAAUUUCCUCUUUCA